UUUUUUUUUUUUUAACCCUUUUUGUUCCGUUUUAUCACUUACACUUAUCAUGAACAAACUCAGUGCUAUCCGCAGUCUUCCUCAAACAUGGGCCAGAAGCUACACAACAGCUGUCAAGCCCAACAUUAAAUUAUUAAAAGAACUUCGUAAGGAAACCGAGGUUUCCAUGACAAAGGCUAAGGAAGCCCUUGUCAAGACAAAUAACGACUAUGCAAAGGCCUUAGCUUGGUUAUCCGAGGAUGCUCAAAUCUCCGGUGCCAAAAAGGCUCAAAAGGUUGCUGGCAGAGUCGCUGGUGAAGGUUUGAUUACCACUGCCUCUGUCGAAGCUCCUGUUGCCAACGGUGUCAGAAGCACUAUCAUUGAGUUGAACUGUGAGACUGAUUUCGUUUCUAGAAACGAUGUAUUCAAGAACCUUGCUUCUAGAAUCGCCGCCACUUCCUUGUUGAUGCAUGAUACUCUUGGUAGCGCUCGUGCUAUCGAGAUCCUUCCUGUGGACGCACUUUUAAAUGCUCCCUUGAUGCCUCAUCCCAACCAAACAGAAUUAAACAUCAACGAUAUUGGAAAGACUGUCAACGAAACUAUUGUGGAAACAAUCGGUAAGCUCGGUGAAAACAUUUCAUUGCGCCGUGCUGCUUUAGUCACCAGCGGUGUGUCAGCCAGUUAUAUUCACGGUGGUGAUGCAACCAGUGGUAAGAUGGGUGGUCUUGCUGUUUUACAACCUAAGAAGGUCACUUUAGCUGAAUUAGAUCCUACCGCCACUCUUACUUUAAACAAGACAGCUCGUCAAGUCGCUCGUCAGGUAGUUGGAUUCAAUCCUCUCUACUUGAACACUGCCGAUGUUCCCGAAGCCGAACUUUCAGCACAAGCCAAUGUUGAGGAAUUUGAGGAGACCUCAGUUUUGAACAAGCAAAAGUAUCUUUUGAAGCCCGAAUUCACCAUUGCUCAAUAUGUUGAACAAGCUGCUGACGCUGAAGUCAUUGAUUUCAUUCGUUGGGAGGUUGGAGAAGGUAUUGAAAAGAAGGAGAAUGAUUUUGCUGAUGAAGUCAACCAAGCUGUCAAUGGCAACUAAGUUACAUUUUUGCGUUGAAAUAUUGUACCAUACUAGAUCUUUUUCCCAUUUUUUUUUUUUUUUUUUUUUUUUAUUAUUCUAUCUUCCACCAAACCAUUUUAAUAAAUGUUAUUUCCCUUGUAUAUUUAAAAAC